CUUUCAUGGGUAAUAUUUAAUGCCAUAUUUGCAAUGUUAUUUGGUGGACUUCAUCAAGCAGGAAUUAUACCAGUAAUUCAAAGACUACAGCAUGAAGCGAUUGGAUUCAGGAAUUGUGAGGAAUACGAAGGAUACGUUCGUUGUGAUAUUGGUAAAAGGAUUAUUAGACCAGGCACAAGUGUGCAAGUUAACAUUCAUGAUCUAUCUGGUCGACCAAUCAGAAUUUUAGAAACUUUGUUGCUGAAACAAGUUAGCCCCAAAAAACAAUUAAUUACUCCUUAUUUGAGACAUAUUUAUUUUCAACAACGUUUCGAUGGUAAUAUUACCCUAAGACAAUAUGAAAGAACGUUGUUAGUAACGCCUUCAACGACAGACUUGUCAAUAUUUGAAGAGCCAAACCCAGAAACCAAGAAAAUUGAAUUGGUAUUGGUUGAUAAAUAUUGGCCUCAUUUGAAUUUUGAUUAUUUUGAUAGAGUUUUUAGAUCUGGAAUGUAUUUAAAUGUUUAUGCUGUUGUUCAAGGAUGA